AUGAUCGCAUCAGACGAGAAGCUAACGGCCAUGCGCUUUGUCCAGGCUCUUCGACGCUCUAUCAAGGGCGAGAAGGAGAAAACGAACUCCCAUGUCGCGCCGAAACAUGCCGUCGCAAUCGUCCCCCCAAAGAAGGUCAUCAAGGCGCUUUACGACUAUGAAGCACGGUCAGAUCAGGAGCUUGGCUUCUCUCGGGGCGAUUUCUUCCAUGUUAUAGGCCGCGAGGACGACACAGACUGGUACGAGGCAUGCAACCCCGCUCUGCCCGAUGCGCGAGGUCUCGUUCCAGUCGCCUUUUUCCAGUCGCUGGGCAAGACAGAGGGCGACGACGGCAGCAGCGGGCGCGUGCCUAGCGCAGGCAAGAUGCCAAACCACGACUCGGGUUACAGCGACUCGCACGGCAGCGGCGGCGGCGUCCAAGGGAAAGGAAUAUCUGGUCCCAUCUCGGGACCCAUGCCUGCAGGGCAGCGCAAAUCGCAACCUGGCAAGAAUGGACCCAUGGUCUACGGAGUGGUCAUGUUCGACUUUGCUGCCGAGAGAGCUGAUGAGUUGGAUGCGAAACAGGGCGAGGCGAUCAUUGUCAUCGCGCAGUCCAACCCAGAGUGGUUCGUCGCCAAGCCUAUUGGUAGAUUGGGCGGUCCGGGCCUGAUUCCCGUAUCCUUCAUCGAGUUGCGCGACAUGGCGAGCGACAAGCCUUUACCGAAUCCCGAGGAAGCAUUACGCAAAGCCGGCGUCCCAAAGGUCGAAGAGUGGAAGAAGAUGGCGGCCGAGUACAAGAACAGCAGCAUCACGCUGGGCAAAUUUGAGGUCGGGUCGGGUGGUGGUGGGCAGCCCAUGGAGCAGUCGAUGGAACGCCUGAGCAUUCAGCAAAACGGCCGCCAAAGCAGCCAGACCAGCCUACAGCAACAGCAGAAUGUGCGCACCAGCCAGCGGUCGGCUGGUCACCAGUCGCAACAACUCCAGCAGAACCAGUACGCUUCAAAGUCAACGUCGCAAUUGUACGCGCCCAUCCAAGCCCGCAUACCGCGGUAUUGCUUUGCGGAGGAGAAGUACUGGUUUGUCAUUGAGGCGAUGCUGGAGGAUGGCCGACAAUGGGUCCUCUCGCGAUACUACGAGGACUUUUACGACUUUCAGAUUGCACUUCUGACAGAGUUUCCGGCUGAAGCUGGCAACACCGGCACCCAGAAGCGGACUCUACCAUAUAUGCCUGGCCCCGUCAACUACGUAACCAAUGCGAUUACCGAAGGGCGAUUGCACAAUUUGGAUGCGUAUGUCAAGAACUUGCUCAACCAGCCACCCUACAUCUCGCGAUGCCUGCUAGUGAAACAGUUCUUUGCGCCUCGCGAAGGCGAUUACGAGCUGGAGCUCAACCAAGGCGCCGGGGACUAUCGCCUGUCACAGGGAUCACAGAUGUCGUCAAACGAAUCACCAGCCGAUGGAUCCCGUCAGUCAUCACGGAACAAUCUGAAUGGCGGAGGAUAUGGUGGACUCUCAGCAACGCCACGCCAGAUGGGCCACCAAGCCUCCCACUCCCACUCGCAAUCCCAAUCACAGCCACAGGGCGCCGCGAUGAAAGUCAAGAUGUACUACAAUGGCGACCUUAUCGCCAUCCGUGUACCGUCUGACAUUGCGUAUCAGCAGCUAUUUGACAAGAUCCGCGACCGACUCAAGGUGCCAGACGGUGAUCAGAUUCAGCUGUUCUACAAGGAUGAGGCAACAGGCGAUAAGCCCAACCUGAUGAGCGACGACGACCUUGACUACGCGCUACAGCGCAACGAAAAGCUGCUUCUGUAUGUCGAAGUGGUAUGA